ACCUAAAGCUCAAGCUUCCAUAUAAAUUUCUUUCCUCGUUGCUCAUUCUUUCCAUCUACCAGCAAACAAGAGAGUUUUGUUUUGAAUCUUUAAGGCAAAAAAAAAAAGGAAAAAGAUGGCAGAUUCUCUGACAGAAGAACAGGUUGCUGAGUUCCGAGAGGCCUUUUGCUUGAUCGACAAGGACGCAGAUGGUUUCAUUACAAUGGAAGAACUGGCAACCAUUGUCCAGUCAUUGGAUAGACGUCCUACGAAAGAAGAAAUUCAAGACAUGAUAUGUGACGUUGAUCUUGAUGGAAAUGGGACAUUGGAUUUUGAAGAGUUCUUGAAUAUCAUGGGAAGGAAGCAGAAGGAAAAUGUCACUGAGGAAUUAAAAGAAGCUUUCAAAGUUUUUGAUAGGAACCAAGACGGAUAUAUUUCGGCCAAUGAGCUAAGACAAGUGAUGAUAAAUUUGGGAGAGAGACUGACGGAGGAAGAGGCUGAACAAAUGAUAAGAGAGGCUGACGUGGACGGUGAUGGUCUAGUUAGUUACGAGGAAUUUGCAAGGAUGAUGAUGGUUGCUUUCUGACUGUUUUGGAAAUAACUAGCCACCACAUUCAUUUUUAUUUUUAUUUUUAUUCUCGUUGAAAGCAGACAUUUUUUGGAGUAUUUAUUUUAUAAAAUUAAAUACGAAAUUCGAACA